AUGAAUAACCAGAAUCAAGUAAAUAGAUUUCGAAGGUGCUAUAAAUGUGGUCAAGAAGAGCACAUUGCUCGCAAUUGUCCUACCAGAACUCUGAAUCAACAACCCACCAAUCAAAAAAAUAAGACACCGAAUAAUGAAGCUGAUAACCCUAAAAAAGGGACAAAAGAAGAUGAGUAG